GUUCCUUUUUAUUUUUUCUGUAUUUUAUUUUAUACUUUGAAUUUCAGGGCUUCAAAUACACAAAGAGAGAGAGAGGAUGAUAAUAGAGUUUCUCUUGUCCACAAUCUCUCUCACUCUUCUCUCUCUUUCUACUUCUAGCAUGAACCAGGAAAGUGGAUAGAGGUUGUCUCUUGGGUUGAAGCCAAAGAAGGAAGUUUAUAUAUAUAUAUAUUUAUACACACGAAAAAAUUGAAGAAGGAAUGUUUUAUUGAUGAUGAGCAAAUAUAUCUUACUUCAUCAGCAAGUACAACAACAACAACAAGAGGAGAAUAUGUCGAAUUUAACUUCAGCAUCUGGGGAUCAAACAAGUGUCUCUUCAGGAAACAGAACUGAAGCAAGUGGUUCUAAUUACUUCCCUCAUCAUCAACAACAACAACAACAACAACAACAAGAACAACAACAGUUCUUUGUUCCUGAAUCUCAGCCUCAGAAGAAGAGGAGGAACCAACCAGGAAAUCCAGACCCAGAAUCAGAAGUGAUUGCUUUAUCACCAAAGACACUAAUGGCAAGAAACAGAUUCGUGUGUGAGAUCUGCAACAAAGGAUUCCAAAGAGACCAGAAUCUACAGCUUCACAAGAGAGGUCACAAUCUGCCAUGGAAGCUGAAACAACGAUCCAACAAAGAAGUGAUAAGGAAGAAAGUGUAUGUUUGUCCAGAAGCAAGCUGUGUCCACCAUGACCCAACUCGAGCUCUAGGUGACUUAACCGGAAUCAAGAAGCAUUUCUGUAGAAAGCAUGGAGAGAAAAAGUGGAAAUGUGACAAAUGCUCAAAGAAAUAUGCUGUUCAGUCAGAUUGUAAGGCUCAUUCUAAGACUUGUGGCACCAAAGAAUACAGAUGUGACUGUGGCACUAUCUUUUCUAGGAGGGAUAGUUUCACAACUCAUAGAGCAUUUUGUGAAGCAUUGGCAAAAGAGACUGCAAGAGAAGUAGUAAUACCACAAGAACAGAAUCAUCAACCAAACCCUAUUUUAGUUCACCAAUCUACUUUUCAUCAUCAACAUCAUCAUCAAGCACAACCAAACAUGAACUUCUCUUCCUCGUCUCCCUCUUCCCACAACAUCAUCAAUACCCUUCACUUCGAGAUCAACAACAAUGGUACUAACAAUAGUAACACUAGUAGUAACCAUCUCCAUACAUUUUCAGUGAAGAAAGAGCAACAACAAAGCAAUGAUCAUAUCAUCAAUUACCACCAUCAAAACAUCCCUCCUUGGCUUGCGCCUCAAGAUCUCACAUUUUCAAACCCUAACCCUAAUAAUGGGGGAGGAGGUUUGUUCUCUCUUGCAGCUUCUCCAGCCAUGUCAGCCACCGCAUUGCUCCAGAAAGCAGCCCAAAUGGGUUCCAAAAAGACACCUCCUCUACCACCAACCACUGACUUCGAAAGGUCAGCUCAUCAUAACACCCUCACCACGACAAUGGCGGCAAUGAUGACGUCACCUUCUGGAUACAUCAGCUCCAACAACAACAAUCAAGUUUUGUUUCAAGGUUACAAUGCCUCCGAUUUUGAUCACCACGGUGGAGAAGAAGCCUUCGACGACACGUUCAGCGCGUUCUUGAGGACAAAUGCUGAUACUACAACCGCAGGAUCAGACAAGAAGAAAAGCGGUGGAGGAGGUGGAGUAGGAGAAGGUUUGACUAGAGACUUCUUGGGGAUAAGACCGUUAAUGUCUCAUAACGAGAUUCUAAGUAUUGCCGGUCUCGGGAAUUGCAUCAGUGGUGCUGCUUCUAAUCAGCUUCAUCCAAAGCCUUGGCAGGGCACACAAGUGGGAUCAACAAAAGAUAGGGACGCAUCACGUUUUGCUUGGUGGCAUGUAUAAAUCUCAUGUACAUCAUCAGUAGAUGUCACACAUGGUCUGCCACAACUUUGUAAUAUGCUAGUGUUGGUUACACAUUAAGACAUUCAUUAAAUUGAUGAUUAAUUUAGUUUUCA